AUGUCGAGUUCCGGAGCAUCAAGAUUUCUUUUAAGCCUCCCUAAUGAGAUUCUUAUGGAAAUUCUUGGGCAUACUAAUCUGGAGGAUAUUUGUUCUAUCUCCUUGGCGAAUAGAAAAUUUCAUAAACUUCUUCAGGAUGACUAUGUCUGGCAACUAAUGUGUAAAAUUCAAUAUCCCGAAAGUAGGAUCGCAGAAGCACAAGAGGAUCUAGAUGAAGAUGAAACUUUGAAGCAAUUAUUUACCUCUGUUCCGGAAUCUAAAACAGCUUCAUCUUUAAGAUCGUUAUACUCGCGCACCGAACAGGACGAAGAGACAAGUACAGACGUUCCUCCGCCAACAGAAAAUAAUGAAAUGGAAUGGAAGACUUUAGAAUUUCAAUUAAAUUUAGCAAAACCAAUUAGUUAUAUUGCAAAAGAGAAAGGCGUUACUUGGUUGGAUUGUCAUGAAGGAUCAUUUGGUAGUCGAAAUCAUUGGGAAACAGAAGCUGGAGAAAG